AUGGGGAAUGCAAGCAGUGCAAAGGAAUUCAUUCCUAUGAGCCUCUCACAGAAACAAGGUGUGCAGAAAGUAUACUCUGUCAUUCUCCUUUUCUUCUAUACAAGUAGUGUGGCAGGAAAUAUUGUCACCGUGAUGAGCAGCCAACACCUGAACUCCCCCAUGUACUUCUUCCUCUGCUACUUGGUCUUUCCCAAAAUGAUUGCUGACUUCCUUGUCAAAAACAAAACCAUCUCCUUUGUGGGCUGCAUGGCACAGCUCUUUGGGGUACCCUCCUGCACGGAGAUCGUCAUCUUCAUAAUGAUGGCUUAUGGUUGCUACACGGCCAACUGUGGACCUUUCCACUGCACCACCCUCAUGACUCAAAGUGCAUGUGGCUGCAUGGUAAUCAGCUCAUGGGUAGGAGGCUUUGUGCACUGCAGCAUGCAGACUCUUCUGAUCACUCUGCUGCCCUUCUGUGGCCCCAACAAAGUUGACCACUACUUCUGUGAUGUCCAUCCCCUGCUACAGCUGGCCUGUGCUGACACCUGCACAGUGAGCACUGUUGUCAACAGCAAAGAUUUCUUCAUCUUGGUUGUGUCUUACGUGGUGAUCUUGGUUUCCUUGAGAAGUCACACAUCCGAAGGACGGCGCAAGGCCCUCUCCACCUGUGGGUCCCACAUCACCGUGGUGGUUCUGUUCUUCGGGCCGUGCACAUUCACACACCCAACCAGCAGUCUUCCAGAGGACAAGGUCUUGGCACUGUUUGAUGCUUCCAUCACAUCACACCCAUGGUGA